AUGGGAGUCGCUCAUAGCAUCCCCGGCCAGGACUGCCUCCUCGCCGCAGUCGGUCACAACCCGAGCCUCGUGGUUUUCCAAGGCGACGCCUUCUUUCACUUGCGAACGCCGUCUGUUUACAAUCUUGACCGUCCAGUUACUCCAAUUGCCGUUACCUUUCCAGAAAAUUCCGAGCAGGUCGCCAGCAUCGUGCAAUGCGCGGCAAAUAAUGGUUACAAAGUCCAGGCGCGCAGUGGAGGGCACAGUUACGGAAACUAUGGUCUGGGAGGAGUCAAUGGCGAAGUGGUCGUUGACCUGAAGAAUCUUCAGGAUUUCUCAAUGGAUCCCUCCAGCCACGUCGCUACCGUUGGAUCGGGUACCUUGCUGGGAGAUCUUCACUCGCGACUCUACAAUGCUGGCCAUAGAGCCGUGGCGCAUGGAGCUUGUCUAAGUGUCGGCACGGGUGGUCACUUUACAAUUGGUGGACUCGGCACGAUGUCACGGCAAUGGGGGAUGGCUCUCGAUCAUAUCAGAGAAGUCGAAGUGGUGCUUGCGAAUGGGACUAUUGUCAAUGCCUCUGACUCCGAAAAUCAGGAUGUCCUGUUCGCCAUCAAGGGUGCCGCUGCGAGCUUUGGCAUUGUCACCAAGUUCAAGUUGAACACUCAUCCCGCACCGACACAAGCCGUGCAGUACUCAUACACACUUAAUUUGGGCACCACUGCAGAGCGCGCUCAGCUCGUCAAAGAUUGGCAGCGGUUCAUAUUUACCAAGAACCUCACCCGUCAGGUCUCGAGUGAGCUCGUUGUGUUCGAGUCGGGGAUCUUGCUCUCAGGGACGUUCUUUGGGUCGCCCGAUGAAUGGAAGAGCUUGGAAAAAGAGCUGGAUUUCCCGGCUGCAGAUAAAGGAAGCGUGAUCAUUCUAACGGACUGGCUGGGUAUGGUCACGAGUCAAGCCGAGGAACUCAUCUUUCAGGUCGUUGGAGGUAUCCCAUGCUCAUUCUAUGCCAAGUCGAUGUCCUUUAAGGACAAAAUUCCGGACGAAGGUAUAGACUCUCUGUUUAAUUACCUUGAGUCUACCAUGAAGGGCACACUUGCCUGGUUCAUCAUCUUCGAUCUGGAGGCGGGUGCCACAAACGACGUACCAGUGAAUGCCACAGCUUACGCGCAUCGCGAGACAAUCAUGUGGAUGCAAUCCUAUGCAGUCAGCCUCCUGGGUCCAGUCUCAAAGACAACCAAGGAUUUCCUGAAUGGCAUCAAUAAUUUGAUCUCUGCCUCCCGCCCAGGUGCUGUCUAUGGCGCGUAUCCCGGCUAUGUCGACCCCUCGCUCGAAAAUGCCCAGGAAGCCUAUUGGGGAUCGAAUCUUCCAAGAUUACGGAGCAUCAAAGCGCAAAUUGACCCGAUGGAUAUUUUCCACAAUCCUCAAAGUGUUCAAGUCGGCUAA